CUGCAGUCUCAGUGUCUCUGCAGCUGUCUCCGACUCUCCUCUCCUCCUCUCUCUGGCCUCCUGUGUGUCUCUCAUAGUGAGUGUCCCCCGCCCAGAGCUCUCUCCCCCCCGUUCUGUGUGCGGAGUGUCCCCGGGCCGACCUCUGGAUGUGUCUCGCUCCCUCCGAUCUCCAGGCCUGACGUGCGGUGCCCGUGCACGGAUCUCUCCCUCUCAUGACGUGUGAUCGGACGGAUCUCCUGGCCUCUCCGGAUGUCUCUUCUUGCUGUCAGGAGGCCUGAGCUGUGCGGGGACGGAGGACGGGGUGUCCCCCCUCUGACGGGGAACCAUCCACACUCCUUCUGAUGGGACACGGAGUGCCGCUAUGUCUGAGGUGGGGGGUGGAGGUGGGCGGCGCCGCCUGCUGGACGAAGAGUUCACCCUGCAGGUUUACCCUGGCAGCAUAUCCCCAGAUGUCAUCUACUGCCCGGUGCCCGCCCGCCGACACACUACGGCUGCUGAUGUCAUUGAUUCUGUCAUUACAGCACUGCGUUUGGAUCGAGCCAAGUGCUAUGUGCUGGCCGAGGUUAAGGAAUUUGGUGGAGAAGAGUGGAUCCUUAACCCAACUGAUUGUCCAGUACAGCGAAUGAUGCUAUGGCCUAGACUUGCAUUAGAGGCUCGUGCAUCUGGAGAUGACUAUCGCUUCCUCUUAAGGGAAAAGAACGUGGAUGGCUCCAUUCACUAUGGAAGUCUUCAGUCUUGGCUAAAAGUCACAGAGGAGCGCAGACGUAUGGUAGAAAGGGGGUUUCUACCCCAGGAACAAGGACCAGAAUGUGAGGACCUUUGUGGUUUGCCUGACCUUAACGAAAGGACACUACUUGACACUCUCCGAACACGUUUCCGACAGGAGAAAAUCUAUACUUAUGUUGGAAGUAUCUUGGUGGCAGUUAAUCCAUUCCGAUUUUUACCAAUUUACAACCCCAAGUAUGUGAAGAUGUAUGAUAACAGAAGGCUUGGAGAACGAGAGCCUCAUAUAUAUGCCGUAGCAGAUGCUGCUUACCAUGCUAUGCUCAGAAGGCAGCGUAAUCAAUGCAUUGUUAUCUCUGGAGAGACAGGUUCUGGAAAGACUCAAAGCACCAAUUUUCUCAUCCACCAUUUGACAGCUCUUAGCCAGAAGGGAUAUGCCAGUGGAGUAGAACAGAUCAUUUUGGGUGCAGGGCCAGUCCUGGAGGCUUUUGGAAAUGCUAAAACAUCUCAGAACAACAAUUCAAGUCGCUUUGGGAAGUUCAUCCAAGUCAACUACCAUGAGACGGGAACUGUUCGUGGAGCAUACGUGGAGAAGUAUCUUCUGGAGAAAUCCAGGCUUGUUUACCAAGAACAACAUGAGAGGAAUUACCAUGUGUUCUACUAUUUGUUGGCUGGAGCGACUGAGGAGGAGAAGAUGGAAUUUCAUCUUAGUCAGCCAGAGAGCUAUCAUUAUUUGAACCAGAGAACCCAUAAGCCGCUGAGACAGAGCUGGGGAGAGUACGAUUGUGAAGAUGAAACAGACUCCUUAAAUGGGGAGGGUGAAGACCUCAGACAUGAUUUUGAACGACUGCAGCUGGCAAUGGAGAUGGUUGGUUUCCUGUCGGCUACACGUAGACAGAUUGUGUCUCUCCUGUCUGCCAUCCUUCACCUUGGGAACAUCCAGUAUAAGAGAAAGGCAUACAGAGAUGAAUCAAUUGACAUUUCCAACCCUGAUACGCUCCGCAUUGUAUCUGAUCUUCUGAAGGUGCGAGAAGAAAUGCUACUGGAUGCUCUAAUUACAAGAAAAACUGUAACAGUUGGAGAAAAACUCAUCUUGCCUUAUCGUUUACCAGAGGCUAUUACAGUAAGGGAUUCCUUGGCCAAGUCUCUCUACAGCGCCCUGUUUGAUUGGAUCGUCUUCCGUAUCAACCAUGCUCUUCUCAACAUCAACAGCAAGGCAAUGGAUGAAGCAAGCCAGACUCUUUCCAUCGGGGUCCUGGAUAUCUUUGGUUUCGAGGAUUAUGGAAGCAACAGCUUUGAGCAAUUCUGCAUUAACUUUGCCAAUGAGCGUCUACAACAUUACUUCAAUCAACAUCUCUUUCAGCUAGAACAGGAGCAAUAUCGAUUAGAGGGAAUAAGCUGGAGUAACAUCAAUUACUCGGAUAAUGCAGGCUGCAUCAGUCUGAUCAGCAAGAGGCCAACAGGACUCCUCCAGCUGCUAGAUGAAGAGAGCAACUUCCCGCAAGCUACUCAUCAGACUCUGCUUGAAAAAUUCAAACGCCAUAAUGAAGGCAACCAAUACAUUGAGUUUCCAGCAGUUAUGGAGCCAGCUUUUAUUAUUCAUCACUAUGCUGGCAAGGUCAAAUAUGGUGUGAAGGAUUUUCGGGAAAAAAACACAGAUCACAUGCGUCCAGACAUUGUGGCCUUAUUGCGUAGCAGCCGUAAUGCCUUCAUUCGAGGAAUGAUUGCAAGCAGUCCAGUAGCAGCUUUCCGAUGGUCAUUGCUAAGAGCAUUUUUCAGAGCACUGUGGGCAUUCAGGGAAAGUGGUAGAAACAACGUGGGCAAGAAGACUGGCUCGGGCCCCCCCUGUACAUCGGGGCCUCCUGGCUCAUCUCACAAAGGCCUUUCUAGCUUUAGCUUUCUGCAGCACCCCGUCCACCAAAGGAGCUUACAGAUCCUGCAGAGGUGUCAGAACGACCAAUACAAUAUUCCCCGUCGGACCCCUCGGUCUCCACUUUCUGACCUACAGGGAGUGAACACCAUACAAGAAAGAAGUCCACGGGAGCUGAACUGGACUUCACGUAGACUGAGCCUGCUGUCAUCCUCUGGUUCCUACCUGGAAGGUGGCGGAAUCUUUAUUAGCUCCCCCAGCUCCAACCUGAACAGCAGCAGUGACAGCAAACUACUAGAGAGAGCUCACGGCAUUCUAAUGAGGAACAAGAACACAAAAUCCAAGCCGGCUCUUCCCAAGCACUUGUUGGAUGUGAAGUCUCUAAAGCAUCUCUCUAACCUUACACUACAUGAUCGUAUCACCAAGUCCCUGCUGCAUCUUCACAAGAAGAAAAAGCCACCAAGCAUCAGCGCACAAUUUCAGGCAUCUUUAAACAAGCUGAUGGAAACUUUGGGUCAGGCAGAGCCCUAUUUUGUGAAAUGCAUCCGCUCCAAUGCAGAAAAGGUGCCUUUGCGUUUCAACGAUUCAUUGGUGCUCAGGCAACUUCGUUACACAGGAAUGUUAGAAACAGUCCGAAUUCGCCAAUCUGGGUACAGCUGCAAGUUACCCUUUCAGGACUUUGUAAAUCAGUUCUCAGUACUGUUGCCAAGAAAUGUUACGUGUACCCGCCAGUGUAUCCAGGAAUUCUUCUGGAGGAUUGGUCACAGCCAUGAACUAUAUCAAGUUGGGAAGACUAUGGUUUUUCUGAAGGAACAGGAACGUCAGUGCCUUCGAGACAUGUUACAUCAGACAGUAUUGCAAAGAAUUGUUCUCCUCCAGCGCUGGAUAAGGUCAAGAUUACAGCGCAUGAGAUUCUUGCACCUUAAAGAUGCAGCCAUCAUCAUCCAGAGAUGCUGGAGAUGUUACAAGAGGUGGAAUGCAGAGGAACCUCCAGUCAAGAUCAACUCUUUUUUCGAGGCAGCUUGUUUCAUUCAGUCUUGGUGGAGAGGUCAUAGAGCAAGACAAAGCUACCUGCAGAUGAAAGCUUCAUCCAUUACUAUACAGAGAUCCUGGCGAGAUCAUUCUUUGCGCAAACAAAAAGCAGCAAUAUGCAUCCAAGCAUGUUGGAGGUGCUAUGUUCAAAGAAAACUGUACCAACAUAAAAGAAAACACAUUAUCACUCUACAAGCAGCAUGCAGAGGCUUUAUAACCCGACGCAGGUUACGGUUACUGAAGCAAGAAAUUCCAAACUGCUUCCAGACAGAACUCUCUUUGGGAGAUUAUGAUAGCAGAGCAUCCAAGACUCCACCUCUCACUCCUGAUACUGACAUUAGCCACUGGGAGGACUCCUCUGAACAGACGCAGGCAGACCUUCCAAGUCCAGCAUCAACACUCUCUGAAAAAUGUUUAUCUGGUGAGGUGCACAUCAGAGAGAGGCCAAAAUCAUUGGAAAAUUCCAAUCAGAGGAAAGUGGUUCGUGCCAAGAGGGAAAGCCGUCGCAUGAGAGAACUUGAACAGGCCCAGUUCAGUCUUGAAUUGUUGAAAGUGCGAAGUGGUGGCGUCUCUCCUUCAGAGGAAAGGCGCUGGUCUGCCGAAAUAAUCUUAGAUAAACAUCCAGACACUCCUGAAAGUGAGGGAUCCCUUGGCAGUUUUGAACAUAUUAGCUGUGAAGAGAAUACACAGCCAUUAGAGGAGCGUGUAGCAGACCCAGUACCCAACGAUGAACUUCCAGGUUCACUCACUCCUAGCCUUGCAAAUACUGUCAACGACACAUCCCAAAACCUUCUCACCAAUGAAUUACCUGCAACUUCGAUGCCUGAUCCAAUGUAUUCUCAGUCAUUUGGAUCUACUAGCUCCCCAACAAAAAGUUCUCCUCACACUCCUGUGCACGACACCCAAAAUACUAAAAGUAAUGAUUCUAUGAGCCACUCCAGCAAUGAACUAAGUGCUAGCAUUCCUUACCAAAUAAGCUCUCCCACUAAGAGGGAACCUUUAAUAUCACACUCCAAUGGCCCACAGAAUUUGCCUACCUUUGGGCCACAUUACUCUCAGUCCAAUGGCAUUCCUUGCACACUUUCAAAUGAAAACUUAAAGACAAUUAAACAAGAAAAUGUUUCAUCCAAUGGACCUGUGGACUUAAGUUUUCACACUAUUUUAACCAAUCCUCCAGCUGCUGAGGAACAUGCCUCACAUUUACAAACUCCAUUUGCACCGCUGGUGGCCUUCUCUGAAAGCCAAAAGGAUCCCAUUUCUCAUCACUCCUCUUCAUCUACUUCCAGUGCUGUUGAUAUAGCAUGGGGGUCUGUUUCCACUUGGAGACAGAAGUCUCCUGGAGGUGAGCUAUCCGAAAGUGCACCUGCCAAGGCAUCCGUCCCUGUCCCUUACAAGUCACAUGUUCGUGAGCCUCCCCUUUCCAGCAGCCUCCCUACCUUUUAUAUUCCAAACCAGGAAUUGUCUAAAGAUCAGGAGCAAAGUGAGAAUGUGCCAGUUCCUUCUGACUCUGUCCUGCAACGACUUCAGAAGCUCAGUAAAGAGAAGGAAGAGUUACAGAAGCAGCUGCAGCAGGAAAAAGAAAAACUUAUGAUGGAGCAGAUUCGUAGAGAAAACCAAGAGCUAGAAAGACAACGCAAAUUGAAAGAACAGCAGGGACAUGUCAAAGAACCUGAACACCCUUUGCAGAUGCCUAAAAAAGACUCUAACAAGCAGUCAGACAGGCCGCAGUCUCUUCUACUGCAGAACCCGCAAUGGAAAAGCCAUCCAAUCCGAACAGAGAUUAAAGGACUAACUGUUAAAGGGAAUACAGGCUUGCACCAUGACCGUCCAGCUAGCAUGUUCCUUGAACAAAGGGAUUCGCGUGAAGCCCCCAAAGGGGAAGUCUCUGGUGACACAGGAAAUACAGGGAAGCGCCCCUGGUUGCACAGCACUGUGAAUUCCAGCAUCUUUUUCACUCCCAAAGGGAAUGUUAGUAGCGAUUCAGAUAAUUCCACUGUUCAACCACACCGAAUUGCACGCAGCGAUCCAGUAAAGAGAUUGGAUGCAACAGAACCAUCUGGAGUUAGCGAGGCCCCGCACAGACGAAAAGCUCGCAUGGCGCGAACUCGUUCAGAUUUUAUGACUAGAGGGGGGGCAGACUCUGAGGAGGAUUCAGAUGAACAGGGGGAGCCGAACCCCUCCUCCGAUCCUAUUGAGGCAGGCAGACAGGUCCCGGCUUGUCACAGCGACUCUGAAAUGCUUUUGCAAAAAGUUCAGCCUGGGGAGAGGACCAGCAAGCUCCAGAAGGCGGUUUCUCAAGGAGAGAUGACGCGCUUCAUACCUACACAUAGAGCUGCAGAGCCAGACCCACGUCCUCAGAGAGGGAAGAUUCGCUUCUGGGGGAAGACGAAAGCAGCAGAGAAGUUGACUCCUCAAUCAGAGAUUCUGGAGAUGGAUACUGAGCCUACAGGCAAAGACAGCACCCAUUUCAUGGAUGUGGAUGCAGGAUUUUGGCUUGUUCCUCGCAGUCCGGAUCUCAGCCGAGGACGUGAAAAAGAAAACAAAGACCCCUCUCCAAAGGUACAACGCAGGAGGAGUCUGAAGAUCAGUAGUACUACACUGGAACCUGCACAGUGGCAAAAUGAACGAGCACAAAUCAUUUGCAGUGCCAGUGACUUGAAGUGUAUGGAUGAAUUUCUGCAGAAAAAGAUUAACGAUCUGGAUUCUGAAGAUGGAAAGAAGGAUUCUUUUGUGGAUGUACUCUUCAAAAGAGCUUUGAAGGAAUUCCGGCAGAAUAUUUUCAGCCUGUAUUCAACCACACUCAUGGGAGAGGAUGGAAAGAGUAUCCGAUAUCGAGAUCUAGGUGCCCUGUUUGAGCAGAUCCUUGAUAAGACCAUGAAACAGCAUCAGUCACGGAGCUGGAAUGAAUCGCCAGUGAAAGUUUGGAUCAAUACGUUUAAGAUUUUCCUGGAUGAAUUUGUCACCGAAUAUAAACCUCUGAACUAUACUCCAGGAAAGAUUCAAAAGACAGAACGGAAGAAAAGAAGGAAAAAAGAAUCAGAUAUUUUGGAGGAGCACAAUGGCCAUAUAUUUAAAACUACUCAGUACAACAUUCCCACAUACUGCGAGUACUGCUCUUCGCUUAUCUGGAUCAUGGAUCGAGCAGCUGUUUGUAAAUUAUGUAGAUUUGCCUGCCACAAGAAGUGCUGUUCACAGAUCACUACUACAUGCAGUAAAAAGUAUGACAAUGAACUGUCCCCCCGCCACUUUGGGAUAGAAUUGUCACGCCUUACCAAUGAGGACCGCUUAGUACCUGUGCUGCUGGAGAAACUCAUCAACUACAUUGAAAUGCAUGGCUUGUAUACAGAAGGAAUAUACAGAAAACCAGGAUCCACCAACAAGAUUCGGGAGCUUAGACAAAACCUGGACACAGAUAUUGAUAGUGUUAAUCUUGAUGAAUAUAACAUCCAUGUGAUUGCCAGCGCGUUCAAGCAGUGGUUAAGGGAACUUCCCAAUCCAUUGAUGACAUUUGAACUGUAUGAAGAGUUUCUCAGAUCUAUGGGUCUUAGGGAAAGAAAAGAAACUGUAAGAGGAGUUUAUUCGGUUAUCGAUCAGCUUUCUCGAACGCACCUAAGCACUUUGGAAAGACUUAUCUUUCACCUUGUCAGGAUUGCCCAGCAGGAGGAGACUAAUCGCAUGUCUGCCAAUGCAUUGGCAAUUGUAUUUGCGCCUUGUAUUCUCCGUUGUCCGGAUACCACAGACCCAUUGCAAAGUGUUCAGGACAUUGGCAAGACCACAGCAUGUGUAGAGCUGAUUGUGAUGGAGCAGAUGAAUAAAUACAAGGCUCGACUGAAGGACAUAAAUAGCCUGGAAUUUGCAGAGAACAAAGCCAAGAGUCGCCUGUCCCUUAUCCGCAGGUCCAUGAAACCCGUACUAAUUGCAGUUAGAUUUAUGAGCAUAAACCGCAGCACCUUGCCGGGCAAAGGACGCUUGCGUUCAACCUUGAGCCCUGUGAUCACUGGGCGCUCCUCUAUACCCGAUGCUGCUGGCGAUCAUGGCCUGUCAACCAUUGCUUCUGAGGAUGAGACCACUGAACAAAAGGAAGCAGCUAUGCAGCAAGAGGAAAGAGUGCUGGCUCAUCAGAUUGAGACCCUGCAGAAAGAAAAAGAGGAGUUGGCGUAUGAAAUGUUGGCAUUAGAACCACGAGCCUCAGAUGAUGAGACCUUGGAGUCUGAAGCAUCACUUGGCACAGCAGACAGCUCUGAGAACCUGAACUGUGAAUCUGAGGGUGCGGCAUCCAGCCGGACAGAAAGAUCCUUGGUUUUAAGCUCCAUGCGAGGACCAAGAACUGAGCCAACGCGAGCCCGGAGACCGAUCAAAAGAGAAAGUGACAAUACAGAAAGUGGGGACCAUAACCUUUCUUCUCCAACUGCUUCUUCCUGCUUACCCCACUUGGGCAGAAAGAGGUUCCACUUGCACACAAAAUCUCCCUUUUAUCGGGAACCAGCUCCUGCCGACGUCUUGGACUCUACGGCCCCGCUACAUUUUACAAGUCGGGGAACUUUUAACCCUGAGAAAGGACGUCAAAAACUAAAGAAUGUUAAACAAUCCCCCCAGAAACCAAGAGAUACUCCAGAGAGUGGGGAACAAAGGAUUCUGGGAUCAGAUGGCAGCUCACAGUCCCUUGUCUUGUUUGGGAGCAAUGAGUUUAUGGUCUGAACAAAGUGUAUAUUGUGCUUAUUCUCCUGUUGACAAUGCUCAUUCCUAACCCUUUUCUUGCCAAGACAUGUGCCCUCCACCAUAGCUUUACCCUGGUGCCUCAUUGCGGCCAGGAGCCACGGAGCAUGGGCUGCCAGCAACCUACCAAGGACCCAAAGGGGCCAUGUUAACAAAAGCCUUAUCCAGCUGUAUCUACUGCUUAAGGGGUUCUUCAUCCAGGACUCUUUUAACACUCCCUGUAUCAGCACAUACUGAUCUCAAGAGAAAGAGAGGCUUUUAUUAUAAAUAUUAUUAUAUUAAUGUUAUUAAUUUUAUUUGUGGUUUCUAAGCCCUAUAUAAAUAAACCAUUCCCUUUAAUUUAAAGCAGCAUCUGCACUGUGGUUACACAAAGCUUUGAUAGAUUGGAGCCUCCUGCAAUGCAUGGCUCAACGUUUCCGUGGGGUAAGUCACUCCAGCUUUUGAACUCCAAAGACAUUUGUCUACACUGAUUACCAGUACAUUCCAUGUGUUUGCAGGAUCCACAAUAUACCCUCAAGAUUGCACAAUGUUCCAGGGAGUGGCAUCUGGAUGCUGAGAGUUCAGAGCUCAAAGAAAUUUAAGUGAAACCUUCUUUUAUGCAGAAGAGAACUUGUAUGGGACAGGCAUAGAAACUGGGCCACUGCCUUUGUUAUCUAGAAUAUUUUGGCUGCAGAUGUUAUCCCGUAAUGAGCCUGCUGAACCUUAUUCAGGACAGAUCCUUCCGUACUGAAUGUAAAUGGCCUGUACCUUUUGAGAAGACACUGGGUGCAAAGUGCAAUGGGAGACAAUGCUGUUGUAUGUAUUCAGUAAAAUCUUGUAAAUUCACGGCUGUAAAAUCCAUCACAUUGCGAACAAACCCAGAGCUUAUUAAAGAACAAACGCUGCAAAAUAUUAAAA